UUUUGAAGGCUGAAGGAAUACAUUGACCCGGAAGUGAUUCGUGUAGCUACAGUUCAACAACGUGAAUACAUUUUAAACAGAAAUUUAACCACAACAGGUUCACAUCCCUGGCCGUAAUGGCGCACAUAACAAUCAACCAGUAUCUCCAACAGGUGUAUGAGGCCAUUGAUAAUCAUGAGGGGAGUUUUUGUGCAGAACUGCUGUCAUUCAAACACCCACAUGUGGCUAACCCACGUCUCCAGCUCGCCAGUCCAGAGGAGAAGUGCCAACAGGUGCUGGAAGUCCCGUACGAUGAGAUGGUUGCAGCACACUUGAGGUGCACCUAUGCAGUGUCCAACCACGACUUUGUUGAGGCGUACAAAUGUCAGACGUUGGUGGUCCAGUCAUUCUUGAGGGCCUUCCAAUCUCACAAAGAGGAGAACUGGGCCUUGCCAGUGAUGUUCGCUGUUACGCUGGACCUGCGGAUAUUUGCCAACAAUGUAAGUGAACAUAAACUAUUGUGCUCUAAAAUGCUUCUGAUCCAAAUGAUUUUCCAGGCAGAGCAGCAGCUGAGCCUGAUGGGCUGUUUCAGAGUGUGUAUCGUAUACAGUCGGGCUGGGAUUGACGACUCCAAGAAGUGGGGAAUGUUGUUUCUCAUCAAUCAGCUCUUCAAGAUCUACUUCAAGAUCAACAAGCUACACCUGUGUAAGCCACUGAUCCGGGCCAUCGACAGCUCCAACCUGAAGGAUGAUUACAGUAUGGCCCAGAGAGUCACCUACAAAUACUACGUAGGCCGCAAGGCCAUGUUCGACAGCGACUACAAACCAGCCGAGGAGUACCUGUCCUUCUCCUUCCAGCACUGCCACCGCUCCAGCCAGAGGAACAAACGCAUGAUCCUCAUCUACCUACUGCCUGUCAAGAUGUUGCUGGGUCACAUGCCUAAUCACCAGCUGCUCAGGAAGUACGACCUCAUGCAGUUUGCCGAUGUCACGAAAGCUGUGAGUGAGGGUAACCUGCUGCUGUUGAACGAGGCCUUGGCCAAGCACGAGACCUUCUUCAUCCGCUGUGGCAUCUUCCUCAUCCUCGAGAAGCUCAAGAUCAUCACCUACCGGAACCUCUUCAAGAAAGUGUACCAGCUGCUGAAGACUCACCAGUUGCCCCUAGAUGCCUUCCUGGUAGCUCUGAAAAUGAUGCAGGUGGAAGAGGUGGACAUUGACGAGGUGCAGUGUAUCCUGGCCAACCUAAUCUGUGAGGGGCACAUCAAGGGCUACAUCUCUCACCAGCACCAGAAACUGGUCGUCAGCAAGGCCAAUCCAUUCCCCCUGCUGUCAUCAUCUUCCUAAUCUACGUAUCCCAGAAUCCCCUUCACCCAGGAACUGUUCCCAGAAAUAUAUUUCCUUAUUAUUUAGGUUGCAUUUUAUUUUGUCAUAUUUUUACAUUUUGAAUAAAAGUUUUGUUGUUUUA